AUGGCGCUGACGCAGGGGACGAAGCGCAAAGUCUGCUACUACUACGAUGGGGAUGUUGGGAAUUAUUACUAUGGCCAAGGACAUCCCAUGAAACCCCACAGGAUCCGUAUGACCCACAACCUCCUGCUCAACUAUGGGCUCUACAGGAAGAUGGAGAUCUAUCGUCCCCACAAGGCCAAUGCAGAGGAGAUGACCAAGUACCACAGUGAUGAUUACAUCAAAUUCCUGAGGUCCAUCCGCCCUGACAACAUGUCUGAGUACAGCAAGCAGAUGCAGAGAUUUAAUGUUGGGGAGGACUGCCCUGUGUUUGAUGGGCUCUUUGAGUUCUGUCAGCUCUCUGCUGGAGGAUCUGUUGCCAGUGCUGUGAAGCUGAACAAGCAGCAGACAGACAUUGCAGUGAACUGGGCAGGAGGGCUCCACCACGCCAAAAAAUCAGAAGCUUCUGGAUUCUGCUACGUCAACGACAUCGUCCUGGCCAUCCUGGAACUCCUCAAGUACCACCAACGGGUGCUGUACAUUGACAUUGACAUCCACCACGGGGAUGGGGUGGAGGAGGCUUUUUACACCACAGACCGAGUCAUGACCGUGUCCUUCCACAAAUAUGGAGAAUAUUUCCCAGGAACUGGGGACCUGAGGGACAUCGGGGCAGGCAAAGGGAAAUACUACGCUGUGAAUUACCCGCUGCGCGACGGCAUCGACGACGAGUCCUACGAAGCCAUUUUCAAACCUGUGAUCUCCAAAGUGAUGGAGACGUUCCAGCCCAGCGCUGUUGUCCUGCAGUGCGGCUCCGAUUCCCUGUCUGGGGACAGGCUGGGCUGCUUCAACCUCACCAUCAAAGGCCAUGCCAAGUGUGUGGAGUUUGUGAAGAGCUUUAACCUGCCCAUGCUGAUGCUGGGAGGAGGGGGGUACACGAUCCGAAACGUGGCUCGCUGCUGGACCUAUGAGACUGCUGUGGCCUUGGACACUGAGAUUCCCAAUGAACUUCCAUACAACGACUACUUUGAGUACUUUGGGCCAGACUUCAAGCUCCACAUCAGCCCCUCCAACAUGACCAACCAGAACACCAACGAAUACCUGGAGAAAAUCAAGCAGCGGCUCUUCGAGAACCUGCGGAUGCUCCCUCAUGCUCCUGGGGUCCAAAUGCAGCCAAUUCCUGAGGAUGCUGUCCAGGAGGACAGUGGGGAUGAAGAGGAGGAUGAUCCUGAAAAACGCAUUUCCAUCCGAAAUUCCAACAAGAGAAUAUCCUGUGAUGAGGAAUUCUCCGACUCCGAGGACGAGGGCGAGGGAGGGCGCAAAAACGUCGCCAAUUUUAAAAAAGCCAAACGUGUGAAAGCUGAGGAGGACAAGGAGGAAGAGGAGAAGAAAGAUGAGAAGGAAGAGGAGAAAGCAAAAGAGGAAAAACCAGCACCAGCAGCAGCAGCAGCAGAACCCAAAGGGGUGAAGGAAGAGACAAAAUCCACCUGAGUGGCAGCAGCUGGCCAGGUGUUGUUAUAGGUUUAGCUCCUGGGUUUCCUCCUCCCCACAGGAUUUCUAUUUUAUAUAUGUUUUCUGUAUAUAUUUCUAUAUAAUUGUAUAAAAUGACUGGAGAACUGUAAAUUAUUCCUUGCUGCACUCCACUGGGAGCAGGCAGGGGAGGAUUGUGCUGAGCAGCCCAGGGGAGUUUCACUCUUUGCCUUCCACUGCCCCUCCUUGGUGUGGCUCUUAAAAAAAAAAAAAAAAAACACAAAAAUCACUUCCUCCCUUCUGAAAUAACCUUGGAAAAGAAUAAUUUAAGUAGAAGUAGUGUCUGCAUUUCAGGUUAGGUGGAAAGAUGGCCAUCAAUUCUUGUUUUUCCUGGAAUUUUUUUUUUUUUUUUUUUGGUGUUUUAAAUGGAAGAAUUCCCACAUGAAACCUGGGAGAGACAUUGGUGGUCUGCAGUUGGAUUCCACCACGACAAAAAUAAAAAAAAGUAAAACAAAAAAAAAACAAAAAAAAAACCCACAAAAACCUGUGAGCUGGUGCCACUUCUCAGGGUCAAAAUUGUGCAGUUCUUGAAUUGAGUUGGCUCCUCCCUGCAGCAAACUUGGGGAAAGAGAUGAAGCAGCUGAAAAGAAACUUGGAAAAUCCUUUUUUUUUUGGUUUUUUUUGUUUUUUUUUGUUUUUUUUUUUUUUAAUUUUUAAGUGAAUCAGCCCCAGAGCCCAGAUCUGGAAAAUAUAAAAUGAAAAUCACCCUUAAGAGGUGGUUCAGUUUUCCAAGAUCUCCUGGAUCCAGGGAUUGUAGCAGCAUUUGAUGCACCUCGAGGGAGGGAAGGAAUGGGAUUUUUUUUUUUUUUUAACUUGGUUUUUUAUUCCCUUCUUUGGUUAGGGAAAAAAAUUCCUCCCCUUUGGCUUCACUUUUCUGCUGAAACCCCAAAAAUCCCCUCAAAUCCAGCCCAGAUCUUUUCUUGCUGUGUGUCCCUUAAAAAAAAAAAAAAAAAAUUUGAUUUUUUUUCCUUAUUUUUAAGCCAAGUUUUCCAACUGAACUUCCCUCCCCAGGCCAGUAAAUCCUAAUUAUUUUUUUUUUCUUUUUCUGAGGGAACAGCAGAUGGGGCUCUGAGCAUUUUCACAGCUCCUCUCCCUCCUCCCACUCAUCCUCACCCCCAGAUCUCUUUUUUUUUUUGCCUCUCCUUUUGUACAGCUGAGUUGUUUUUUGAGGGGAAAAAAAAUAACAAAAAAAUUAAAAAAAAUCAAACCCAACAACAACAACAACAAAAUAAUUUUUUUUUUUUUUGGACGGGGAAAAAUUUGAGGUUUUUUUUUUUUUUUUUUUUUUUUUUUUUUUUUGGAAUUUUUUAUUUUUUUCAGGCAGUUCCCACUGGCUGCUCUCCUUUCUCAGGGGGAUCCCUGUGGAAUUCCAGGGAGCACUGCUGAGAGUUUCAACUCCAAUAAUGCUGCUAAAACUUCACACAGCUUCUUUUUCUAAGGGUUUCUUUUUUUAACUCCUUUUU